AUGCGAUGCUUCGCGCGGGGUCUGGGAUUCCUUGAGAAAUUCUUCAUCGAAGGGCACGACAUCUCACGACCGAACGCGCAAUCCACUAUGCGUCUACUGCAUUACUUUGCAAUACCGGUCGCCGGGGCGUAUCAUCGCGCAGGGGCACAUGUCGAUUGGGACUUUCUGACUUUACUUUUCCAAAAGGAUGGCCAGGAUGGGCUAGAGAUCUGUCCCGGUCGCGAAGUUGUAACUGAGUUCGGUGUUGGUGAUGAAUGGACCAAGGUUAAGGCUAGGACUGGUGAGAUUGUUUGUAAUAUCGGCGAUUUACUUAUGUCCUGGUCGGAUGACCGGUUCAAGUCGACUUUUCAUCGUGUUAAGGCUCCUUGCCGGGACUAUUUCGAUCGGUACAGUAUUGCUUAUUUCAAUCAGCCCUGUAAGGAUGUUUUGAUCCAGGGGCUGUUGAAGAAGUAUCCGGUUGUCAGUGGGGCUCAGUUUACUGAACGCGCUAUGAGGCAGAAAUUUGCUGCUUUGCAGAAGAAGGUCGCAGCGGCAUGA